AUGAGAUCGAAGCAUGGUAAUUUGAUGUUGAACUUUGUUCUUACAUUAUUUGUGUACUUUAGGAAUAGAAGUAGUGGGAAAGUGUCAUUAGGCGGAAGAAUAAAUAGUAGAAUUAGACAUGAUGCUUUAGAGCGUAUUAUUGGUGAAGGUGAUAGGAAUUGUAUUUGGGAGUUAAGAAUGAACACAAAUGCCUUUGCUAAUUUGUGCGAGUUGCUUCAAGUCCAAGGAGGACUUUGUGAGGAUGGUCAAGUAAGCUUGCCGGAACAAGUUGCAACUUUUUUAAUUAUCUUAGCUCAUCACAAGAAAAACCGUAAUCUACAAGUUAGAUUUUGUAGGUCUGGGGAAACAGUUAGUAAGUAUUUCAACAAGGUUUUAAAGGCUAUUAUACGUAUGCAAAACUUGUUAUUCGCCAAGGCCUCACCGGUUGAAGAGGAUUGCAUAGACCCAACAUGGAGAAAGUUUAAGGGUUGCUUGGGAGCAUUAGAUGGCACUUAUAUAGAAGUGACAGUCCCCGAGUCUGAUAAGUCAAGAUAUCGAACAAGGAAGGGUAAAAUAUGUACUAAUGUCCUAGGAGUGUGUAAUCGAGAUAUGAGCUUUGUUUAUGUACUUAGUGGAUGA